CGUAGGUAGGUGGUGCGGAGAGCCAUCUGGCGGUCACCUUGGCGGCUGCCGACCAAAACACCACCAGACGGGCUUUUCAGCUGGUGUAGGUGGUGGGGCACCUUACACGACCUGGGCAGCAUGUCUGCCUAACCCUCCUCACCAACGGCACCUUCACCCACCCUAGCAGCCAUGGACUCGGACCCGGAGAACCUGGAGAAGCAGUUUAGCAACAGGCUGUUACUUCGUCAUGCCAGCCAAAACUCUCUUGAUGAGAGUUCUCAGAAGCACAUUCCACGUUCAGAGACAAAACACAAGCUUCCUUAUAGGAAUCCUCAGCACUUUCCUCGAGCAUUUGACAAUUUGAAUUUGAUGCGCAGGCAAAGCCAGCUUUGUGAUGUUGUGCUAGUUGCUGACGAUACAGAAGUCCCCGCUCAUAAAAUGGUGUUGGCAUCUUGCAGCCCAUACUUCCAUGCCAUGUUUACUAGUUUUGAAGAAAGCCGUCAAGAAAGAAUAGUAUUACAAGAUAUUGAUGGCAGUGCAUUGCAACUUCUUAUUGAUUAUGUAUAUACUGCAGAAGUGUUAGUUACUGAGGAGAAUGUACAGGUUCUUCUCCCUGCUGCCAAUCUUCUUCAGCUAACAGAUGUUCGGGAUGCUUGUUGCGAUUUCCUUCAGUCCCAGCUUCACCCUACAAACUGUCUUGGUAUCCGAGCCUUUGCAGACCUUCAUGGCUGUCUUGAACUACUUUCCAUUGCAGAAAGCUACGUAGAACAGCAUUUUACAGAGGUGGUAGAGUGUGAAGAGUUCCUGUCCUUAACUUCACAACAAGUUACCAAACUCAUAUCAAGUGAUAGACUCACUACCCCAUCAGAAGAAAAGGUAUUUGAGUGCGUGAUGAGCUGGGUGAGUGGUGAUCUGUCAAACAGAGAGCAGUACCUAGCAGAGCUCAUGGAAUAUGUUCGCCUGCCAUUACUCUCCCAGGACUACCUCAUCCAACGAGUGGAAGAAGAACCCCUUCUGAAGCAAGAUACUCAAUGUAAAGAUUACCUGAUAGAAGCUAUGAAGUAUCAUCUGUUAAAGGGUGAACAGAAGGCAAUGUUUAAAUCCCCAAGAACUAAACCUCGGCAGCCUGUUGGUCUUCCUAAGGUAAAUUUUAGUGAAGUUCUUUUGGUGGUUGGUGGACAGGCUCCCAAGGCUAUUCGCAGUGUAGAAUGUUACGAUUUUAAGGAUGAAAGAUGGUUUCCUGUGGCUGAAAUGCCAACAAGACGCUGCAGAUGUGGCAUAGCUGUGAUCAAUGGGAAAGUAUAUGCUGUUGGAGGGUUCAACGGAUCUUUACGUGUGCGUACAGUAGAUGUGUAUGACCCAACUCGGGACUCUUGGUCUUCCUGUGCCAGCAUGGAAGCCCGACGAUCAACACUUGGUGUAGCAACACUCAAUAGUUGUAUAUAUGCUGUGGGCGGCUUCGAUGGGUCUACUGGUUUAAACAGCGCAGAGAUGUAUGACUCCAAAGCUUAUGAAUGGCGAAUGAUUGCGCCAAUGUCAACUAGACGGUCAUCGGUAGGAGUUGGAGUUGUGAGCGGAUUUCUCUAUGCAGUUGGUGGAUAUGAUGGAGCAUCAAGGCAGUGCUUGGCAUCAGUAGAAUGUUACAGUCCAGAGUCUGACGUGUGGACUUCUGUAGCAGAAAUGUCAGCACGCAGAAGUGGAGCAGGUGUUGGGGUGCUGGAUGGCCUUCUGUAUGCUGUUGGGGGCCAUGAUGGGCCACUUGUCAGGAAGAGUGUAGAAGUAUACAAUCCUGAUACCAAUGGUUGGAGUCCUGUUGCAGACAUGAACCUUUGUCGUAGGAAUGCCGGAGUUAUUGCGCUGACUGGGUUACUUUAUGUUGUCGGAGGUGAUGAUGGCACGUCGAAUUUGGCAUCAGUGGAGGUCUACAACCCCAAAACAGAUGUGUGGACACUGCUACCGGCACACAUGGGCAUUGGCAGAUCAUACGCUGGUGUAGCUAUUAUAGAUAAACCGGGCUUCUGAGAUGAGGCAGAGGGGGCAGGGGAGUGACUGCUGUGAUUAUUGAGAUAAAAAAAAAUUUUGUAUCAUACAGACUACAUUAGCAUAAUUUUUGUACACUUAAGUUCUGUUGAGAUUAUUUUAGUUAUUACAGUCCUUAUUCUAUUCUGUGUACCAGAGCCUUGGACAGCAUGGCACAUGCUUGCAACUCUAAAUAAUUCUAUUUUCUUGCACAGUAUUCUACAUUAAUAAUGUUACUAGCUGAAGAAAUUAUUUAGCACCAUUUUUAGUAUUUGUGUUAAUUGAGGAGCUUUAAUUGAUAAGAUAAUGGUUUAGAAUAGAGGGCCAAACUGCUUUAAAGAAGAAUAGUUUAUAUUUUUUUAUUUUUUACUUUCAUAUGGAAAAUAUGGUACAAUUAAAUAAAUUUAUGGUAAAAGAAAGUAUCAUUUUGUAUCAAUAAGCAUAUUUUUUCAAUAUAUAAUAUUUUUACAUGAGAAUUUGUUCAAAACUGUACUAGGAUAUGAAUGAGUCAUUUGCAUGGGACCAAAAAUUUGAUGAGUAAAAACAAGUGAGCAAUUGCAUCUGGAAACUCUCAUCAUUCUUUAAGUUUUUCAGAUCUUUUAAUGGGUAAGCAUUAAAUUAGGGUCUAACUUAAAUUUCUAAUAGCAAAUGAACAUUCUAGUAAUUUUGUUUCUUAAUUAACUUGAUAAGUUAGCUGUAUGAAAUGUACCCGUGCCUUUAUUCCAAGUUGUAAGAUUCUAAAGUCAGCAUUUAGCAGAUGACUGACAUUAUUUUUUAUUCAAUGAAUAAGGUGUACCUUUAUGCUUCUAGUUUUUUGGCUUAUACAAAAAAAUAUUGCUUGCAAAAUAAAUUGUUUAUUUUAAAGCACAUAAAUGGUCCUUUAAGAAGAUUGCACUGCAUCACCAUAAGUAUAUGACUACUAAUUAUGUAGUCUAAUCUAAUGGCAAAAAAAUCCUUUCAAUUUCAUUUACAUGCAGGAAUAUUUAUACAGUACAUAUACAUAUUUUUGGAGCCGGGUAAUUAGGUCACCAAUUGGGGCAAUAUUUGUAAUGCCGUGUACUGGUAGUACUGCAGGAUCUGCCUUGAGGUACUGUAUUAACAGUUAACUCCAUUCAUUAAGGCUAUCACCAGUAAAGUGAGACAGUAUAAAUCUCCCCAUUUGGCUAGAUUCGUCUUAACCAGUUUGGUGAUUCAUGACACACUGGCAAGGAUGUAAUUGUACUAUGAAAACUAGCUUAAAUCAAAUUAGAAACUUCACUUCCCUUUGGUGGACACUCAGGACCACAUGUCUGUCAGCCCAAACUAACCAUUUUGCAAUUACAUCUUGUAUUUGUUUAAUAGUUUCUUCAUAUAGUAAAAGUUGAGUAACAGUUUUACUGUGAUUUUCCAAGCAAACCUCCACUGUUAAAUAUGAGCAAUAUAUAAGUACCAGAGAAUGAACAUUAUAAAAUCAUGUUUUUAUGAAUUGGUUCAGAAUAACUUAAGGAAUACAGUUGCAAAAGUUAUGCAAGAAGGAAAUAUUGAACGAGUUGAUAAGUUAUACAUGUUUAUGACUGAAUGAACUAUCAUCACCAAUAAUGUGUAAUAAUAAUAAUAAUGCUUUUUUGAAGUUAUUAAUAAUGAGAUUUUUUAAGUUAUUGCGAGAGACUUAAAAUCUAUUGUCGAGAAAAUUUGAUUGCUAGAAAAUAACCUAAAAUAUCUGAGAAUGCUAAUUGGCAGCUUUUUUCUUUAACAUCUAGGAACUGUGUGCAUGUACUCAAAUGUACAGUGCAUCUACAUAUGUAUUGGUUAAUUAUAAUUAAAAAAAAAGAAUUCAGGCCUAUAAAGAGGUUGUUUAGCAUGUAACUUAUUCACGGAUGCAUGUGAUAAUGAAUAUUACAAUCAUUGUGAUAAGAGUGAUAGUUAAUCAAUUCAUGAGAGCAAAGGUGAUAAUUGUGAUAUAUGAUGAACAUUGUCCUAUGUGUGCUCACCUAGUUGUGCUUGCAGGGGUUGAGCUCUGGCUCUUUGGUUGUGUGUGUGUGUGUAUGUGUGUGCAUGAAUGCUUGCUUAUAUAGAAAGAGCAUCUUGGCAAUUUUUCCCCCUUUGUCUCUUUAGUUAUUCAUUGGUUAAAUCUUAAGUUUCACUGAAACUGAGAGAGAUGCGUGUUGUUGGAGAUGGUGUAAGACUUCAUGUUGAACCACUUAGUAAUAUAAUGGGGGGAAAUAAUUGUAAAGUUGACAUAAUGGGGAAAUAAUUGCAAACUAUAUUAUGAGGGAAGUGAUUGUAAACCACCGAUAUAAUUAAUUUUGUGUGAUUUCUGGCAAUUGUAAAUGUGUUUUUGUUUAAAAGAGCUUUUUAUGUUACAAAUCGCUCUUAUAAAUGAAGAACUAAUGAAAAUCUGAAAAAUUAAAUGCCAGGUAACCCCAGGUGUUAAAGCUUAGAAUCUCUAAUAUCUAUUCAAGACUGUUGAAUUAUAUGAUUACCAAUGAACUGGGUAUUCCCGACAUUUAUUUUUUAAAUAAAUUGUGCUAUUUCA